AUGUCGCAGUAUAUUGGUAAGACUAUCGCUCUUAUUUCGAACACUGACAACCGUUAUGUGGGACUUUUGGAGUCUAUUGAUUCGGAUAAGGGUGUGGUUACUUUGAAGCAGGUGCGUUGCUUUGGUACCGAAGGUCGUAAGGGAUGGGGGCCUCAGGAGAUAUAUCCUAACCCUAAUAUUUACGAUAGUGUAUCAUUCAAUGGUAACGAUGUUAAGGAUUUGAAUAUCUUGGAUAUUCCUUUGGAGAAAGUGCAACCAGUUCUUCCACCUCAAUUGGGUGGUCAACCAGCUGUUGUACCAACAGAUGCUAACGGCAACAAUGUGCCGGCAGCCGUGGCAGGUUACGGCGUGUAUGCACCUGAAAAGGGUCAACAGCAGACUCAACAAGCACCUCCACAAAUGCCUCCACAGGCACAACAGCAACAACAGCAUCAGCAUCAGCAUCAAGAGCAUGCUGCUGAAAAGAAGGAUAAAGCAGCUAAAAAGUCCCAGUCUAACCCUCCAGCUGCUGCUGCUGCUGCUGCUGCUUCUCCAGCCUCUUCUCCAGCAGUUCAGACACAGUCUCGCAAAGCUUCUGUUGUCCCAGACUCCGAAUUUGAUUUCGAAAGCAACAAUGCUAAAUUCAAGAAUGCUGAGGCUCCACUGGAAGACAAACUAGAACAAGAGAAACAAGCUAACAAGACUGAUGAAGUGUUUUACGAUAAAAAGUCAUCCUUCUUCGACUCUAUCUCGAGUUCUGCAGUGGAAAAUGCAGGCUCCUCCAAAUGGGAAGAAGAGCGUCAAGUUAACCUGGACACUUUUGGACAGGCAAGACUGAGAAAUUCUGGACGUGGUGGUUUCAGAGGUCGUGGUGGAUACAGGGGUAACCGUGGCGGCAAUCGUGGCGGAAAUCGUGGAAACUACCGUGGCGGAAAUCGUAACAACAGCAACGGUAAUUUCAGUGUAUCAUCACCACCACCACCACAAAGUCAAAUCGAAUUUUGA